CGAUGUACUCCACUGCGCCACGAAAUCCACGCGCCGGCUUCCUACGUCUUGAGGACCAUCGUGUACCUAAUCAUCCAGGCUGCCUACCAGUUUCUAUCUUAUCUACUAAAGUAGGGAACCACAUGACGCUGCAAAAUCCAUUUCGUCGCUGCAUGCUAGGCAGGAUUGGUAUUGAGAGAGUGGCCCAUACCCUCCAACAAAACCCGGGGCCCCCCAUACCUUUCCAACUCAUUUCGCCGGUCUUGUCCAUGUCUCUCUCUAGUCUGGAAAACUGAUCUCGAACAAUUGGAGCACCCAUGGGGGAAGCACCGAUAACUACGGUUGAACGUUCCGAGCCGCCAAGCCUACACCCUAGCCCACGCUAUCUUGAUCGACGGCUUUGCGAAUGCCCUCAGCCGACCACACUGGUUUAUUAGCCACACCCUGCGUAACGUGUCGUGAACACCACCUGAAAUGUGAUCGUGGCACUCCGCGAUGUGGUCGAUGCGCGCACGCGGGUCGCGAAUGCAGACUCUCCUUCAAGUUCAAGCCAAGUAUCGGAACAAAGUUCAGCAGGGAUCAAAAAUGGCUUCGACCACCAAAAAGAUUGAUCUAUAUAGACGAGACACAGUAUCUCGUGGCCGGGGCUUCGCUCGAUGAUUACGCAUCUCAACAGCACUUCUAUACGGAUGAUGGCUCCCCUGGUGAGCCAAAGUCGGGCUCACCGGGAACUUCUGGUUUACUGCCUGGUGAUAUCUUAGGGACCAGGCGAUCGGAUGUUCCACCAACUGAGUUAGGACACCAGCGCAAACACGCGCCACACCAUGGCUCUCGGGACUCCAAACUGGAGCUAGUUAGAGCUGAUGCUCAGCUUCCUACGCGGUUUGAAACUCACCGCAAUGGCUCAGAUACGGACAGUCUACAGACCAUGCACCCUUUACAUCGGAGCUUGAGUACACAUACAUCUUAUGAUGGGAACGUGCAAACCUCACAUUUCUAUGAUACGCCAGCAUUACCUCUCAAGGACCCAACGGAUGCCGUUCUGUUCCGUCAUUAUAUUCAAAAAAUAGCCAUCUCGCUGGACUGCUGCGACCCCCUCAAACAUUUCGAAUUGAUCGUGCCCGAGCGGGCUAGCACCUGUCAUACUCUCCUGAAUGCAAUAUUGGCCAUUGCAGCGAGACAUCUCAGUCACACUACUGACUUUGAUCCGUUGGCGUCUAAUAGAUAUCAUGAUGAAUGCCUCAAGCAUCUUAUCCCGAUGAUGAAUCAUUCCUCUGCAAUCGCUGAUGAGAAUCUCUUUGCGGCAACGGUCAUUCUUCGAAUGCUUGAGGAGAUGGAUGGUUCUCUUACGGGACAAGAUAAUUAUAGCCAUCUCCUGGGUAUCCAUGUUUUUGCUAACGCAGGCGACCAGUACAUGUUGCCAGGUAGUUUAAGUGCGGCAGCAUUCUGGGUGGGGCUCCGACAAGAGAUAUAUAUUGCGAUUCUCACCCAGCAAUGCGUCAAACUUAAACUGGACGACUUCAUUGUGGACCGGUCACUCGGGCCAGCAGAUGACUAUACUUGGUCAAAUCGUGCGAUCGUCCUACUUGCUGAUGUUCUGAAUUGCUGUUUCGGCGAUACCCCUCUGACUACACAGAGGUGGAUCGCACUGAAUGAAGCGGUCGAAAGCUGGACUCGAGCGAGACCGCCUUCGUUCAAUCCCUACUUCUACAACAAUGGGACAGGGGCCGGGGCUUUCCCAGAAAUCUGGCAUGGGUCGAGUUGUCACAUUCUCGGAAUCCAGCACCAUAUAUUAGCCCAAUUGUUCUUGAUCCAAUUCGACCCCUCGAUCCCACGUGUAGGCACCAAGCGCCGAGGAGCAAUGCGAAAUACGACGCGACGUAUUGAGACGCUCAUGCGGGAACUAUGCGGGCUUGGAAUCAGCAACCAGUGGACGCCACCGGCCAUGUUCACGGCUUGCAUUGGAAUUGCCAUGUUUGGGGACCAUUUCGGCGAAGAACGCGAUCAGCACGCGUUAUCAGAGUUCCUGAAGAAGACGGAGACGGCGCAUGCACGACCCACGGCGGCUAUACAGCAACAAUUGAUGAAAGCAUGGGGAUGGGUAGAGGUUGACGGUUGAACGGCUUCUCAAUGGCUUUGCUGGCUGCGGAUACGCGACUACCUGGCGGGCAGGUAUCUGGUGCGUAGAGGUUCCAAGGAAGCCCGACAACAGAGCAGCUCUCGGCUCACAUCGCAUCGGCUGGACAAUGCAGACCUACUACAUGUGCUGCGCAGAUUCCAGGCUUGCAGGAGGUCGCGGGCUGUCGGCUGCCCCUGCGCACGCACCCUAGAGGCACAAAAACGGGCAAGACAGGCAAGACAGGCAAGACAGGCAAGACAGGCAAGACAGGCAAGACAGGC